AUGCCCGGCAAAGGUCUCUUCGCGAGCAUCCCGCGCGUCCUCUGCCUCACAGUCGUGUCGGUGGCAUUCACCGCCCUUGCUCAUCGCACGGCCAUCCUCUCGGUCGUGAAGGGGAUGUUUGCGUCUGCAAACGCAGCCAAGCCACAUGAUCCCACCUUGCCCGCUCCCCCAACCAUCAUAAUCUCGCCACCCUCGCCCGGCGACGCCCAUUCGCCUCCAUCGUCGCCGCUCGGCACCCGCCCCAAGCGCACCUCCCGUCGCCCGCCACAGCCCGAGCUCCUCGCGUCUCCCAUUAUGCGCAAACGCGCCCGCCCGCGCGGUUUGCCCAAACAGCGCCGUGACAAAAGCAAGUGGCGUCCCCCCCUCGCUCCCAUUACCGAGGCCGACGGCACAAUCGCAUGUGCGGCCACGUCGGGCACGAGCACCCACGCGUGCAGGAGCACGGGAGCGGCUGCGCAUGACAAUAAGGAGAAUGAGAGGGUACAGCAGCGCCCCACGAUGCCUGCCAUGCUCCGCCAGGCCGCGCGAGCGCGCGCCUUGCGCCCCAAGCUCGUGUAUCGCGACCUCAACCCUUCCUCCUCUUCUGUGCGAAAGGAGCGGUUUGUCGCUUCGAGAGCAAUCACCGCCCUCUAA